UUGGAGACGCCACAGAGGGAUUCGUUCAGAGUUCCACUGGACAGCGCUAGGAUAGAGCGGAAUUGGGAGAGUGAGUCAGUGAGUGAGUGAGUGUGCGUGGGCGCAGACAUCAGCUGUGGAGGAGAGCACAUACCGAUCCGUGAUCGUGGAUUCAUUCUUCUCCAACUUUUCCCGUGGUUGGAUUUUCUUUCGAAUGUUUCAGCUGGGAUGUUUGAAAAAGUAGCGACAGAUUUGGGUAGGUCUACCCCGAUGAGUCUACACUGAGUUUGGGAGACAUUUUCUACAUGCAAACCGCAUCUUGGUAAAGAAUGUAGCCCUUCUUUAACCGGACAUCCACAGAGACCGAUCUCCAGCCGAAAUUCGCUCACGUUAAGGAUUGCUUCGUCUCGCUGCUUUGUCCGAUCAUAGGUUCAAGUCUAAAACCAAAUCCUCACCAGUUCCCAGGCCUGACGGCCGAAAGACCAUUAAGAGAUGCUGGCUGCCAUGCUGCGCCAGAGCUCUGGUGGAGGAUCAUGCAGCAGUGCUGGGAGCAGCGGAGUAGGAACCAAAAUCUCCUCGGGUAUCUCCCGCCUCUCUGUCUCCAGCGCCGGGUCAUCGGGCCCCGCUCGGAUUUCCAAGAGCGGCUCGGAGAGCGCGGACGGCCCGGAUACCCCCACGUCGGACCCUCACUACAUUCUGCAGCUCGUCAGCGACGUGCGCAAAUUUGCUGAUGUGCUUCUGCAACUCAAGGAAGUUUUCGGCUCCAAAGAGCACCAGGACUGCCUGCACCAUGUGGUCCACGAGCGCCUCGGGAAGCUGCUGCGAGUCCUGAAGGCCAUCAUCAACAAACACCAGAGCCUGAACUCGGUGGACAUCCUCAGUACAGCUGGAACAGUCAUUGCCUCGGUCAAAGAGGUGAAUUUCAAGGAAGUAAACGACGAGAACAAACAGGAGCUUUUCCGGGACAUCUACGGUGCCAUCGACACAUUGGCAUUCACCUUUGGCAAUGUAGUUUCUGACUUCCUUAUGGGAGAUGUAGAGAAUGGAUCAUUGUUGGGGCUGUCCCUGACUAAAAGAAGCAGGUCGUUCGAGAACCUCUCGGUGGAAUCUGAAGGAUCUGGUCCUGAGAAAGAUGAUCCGCCGGGGCCUUCUCCGCCACUUCGGGUUGAAGAGGUGGACAGCACUUUGCAGCGGCAGGACAACGGCGUGGAGUCUGCGCUGCUUUACGCCAAGGCCUGGUCCAAGUACACCAAAGAGCUGCUGGCAUGGGUGGAAAAGCGUCUCAAUAUGGAUAUCGAAUGUGCAAAGAGCUACGCCAAAAUGGCCGAGUCCGCCAAGACGCUCGCGAGUCAGCAGGAAUUCAUGCCUUUCCGAGAGAUCUACAUGACUGCUUUCAGGAACGACACUGAGUACAGCCAGUUGGUACUACAAACUGCAAACAUACUCCAGAGCUACAAAUUUAUGCAGCCUCUCCUGGCCCGGAAGAAUGAGUUGGACAAACUGCGGAAAGAGGUCAAGGAUCAGUGGCAGAGGGAGCAAAAGAAGAUGAAUGAAGCCGACAGUGCACUGAGGAAGGCUCGGCUGCUGCAGGUCCAGCGGCAAGAGGAGCACGAGAAAGCCAAGGUUUCGACCAGCCGUUUGGAGGAGGAGCAGAUCGGAGGCGGAGGAGGAGCAGCGGCAGCGAAGCAGCUGGAAAAGAGGCGCAGACUGGGGGAGGAGGCCCUGCAGAAGGCGGAAGAGGCCAGGGAGCACUGCAAGGCGUGUCAGGUCGAUGUUGGAGUAAAAAGGGUGGAACUGGCCAAAACCAAGAGCGUGAUCAUCACUCAGCUCCGCGAGAUGGUUUCUCAGUGUGACCUCACCCUCAAGGCAGUGACGGUCAAUUGGUUCCAGCUCCAACAGGCGCAGGUCGUCUCUCUCCCCGUCAACCACCAGAGUCUGUGUGAAAACGCCAAGUUGUACGAGCCUGGCCAGCGCUACAUCGACUUCGUCCGCAGUCUGCCCGCCGACGUGCCUUCUCUGGACUCCCUCUCGUUUGAUUCACCCGUUUCACAAGGCAUAGGGUUGCCGUUCACAAAGCGGGCGCUGAGCGGCUGCAACAGCAACGGGUCGCAGGUGUCCGCGGCCUCCGACUUCCUGGGUGUGGACGACGUGGACAGUCCCACCAAUGCUCAUCACAGCAGGAGUUCAGAGCGACGCUGCAACGGCAGCGCAGACCUCCAAGGUCGAGUCCAAGCUUCUUUUCGCCCCUGGGCCACAGCCAGCCAAAGUGGAGGGAUGUGCAGCGAUUCCGAAAGCGCCGGAGGAAGCAGCGAGUCCCGAUCCAUGGACUCUCCCACAGCUAGUCCAGGAGACUUCAAGAGGAGACUACCCAGAACGCCAUCCACUGGUACCAUGUCCUCCGCUGAUGACCUAGAUGAGAGAGAGCCCACCUCCCCAUCUGAUCACUGCUUGAAUGACGUCAUAGAGACGGCCAGUUCUCCGGGGCCCUUUAGAAACACCCAGAUGUCCAGGGCUGCUCAGACCCACCGGCUGAGGAAGCUGAGGGCGCCCUCUAAGUGUCGAGAGUGCGACGGGCUGGUGGUGUUCCAAGGUGCUGAAUGCGAGGAGUGUUCCCUGGCCUGCCACAAGAAGUGCUUGGAAACGUUGGCCAUCCAGUGCGGUCACAAGAAGCUGCAGGGGAGGCUUCAUCUUUUCGGCAUCGACUUCACGCAGGCGGCAAAAAACAGCCAGGACGGCGUCCCCUUCAUCAUUCGAAAGUGCACGUCGGAAAUCGAGAACAGAGCCCUGAGCAUGAAGGGGAUCUACCGCGUGAAUGGCGCCAAGUCCCGGGUGGAGAAGCUGUGUCAGGCGUUUGAGAACGGGAAGGACCUGGUGGAGCUGUCCGACCUUUACCCCCACGACAUCAGCAAUGUGCUCAAACUCUACCUGCGACAGCUCCCGGAGCCGCUCAUCCAGUUCCGCUUCUACAACGAACUCAUCGGUUUGGCCAAGGAAACCCAGAGUGUAAUCGUGGAGGAACUGGAGGCGCUGCGACUCAGCCCGACCCCGGUGCCCCCGGCCCAGAACAGCAUCGAGAUGAACCGGGUCCUCCUCAAGAUGAAGGACCUGCUGAAGAAGCUGCCGCCAACUCAUUACAAGACGCUGCAAUUCCUAAUAGAACAUCUGCAUCGGGUGACAGAAAAGUCCGAAGAGAACAAAAUGACGGCCAGCAACCUGGGGAUUAUAUUUGGGCCCACGCUGAUCAAGCCGAGGCACGCGGAUGCCGAAGUUUCUCUCUCUUCCCUGGUGGAUUAUCCCUACCAGGCUCUGAUCGUGGAACUCCUGAUCAGACACUACGAGAUGGUCUUCGACACCCCGCUCAGUCCCCUCAGCUGCACCUCACCCACCGAGGGCGAUAUCCACAUCAGGCAUGAGACACGGUUCACCUAUCAGGAGAAGGAGCAGCUGCUGAGCAGGCACUCCAAGUCGCUGGGAGACAUCAAAGAGCAAACCUCCAAGGUGUAUAAGAGGCACUCGUCUGUCAUUCCUUCUUCCCACUUACUGGCGGAGGUCGAGGAAACUCCUCCAGUUCUUCGUGGAAGUGAUUUUGAAGCAGUUGAUGAAAUGGGUUCAGAGUUGAUGAAUGGGAUCCUGUCAUCGAGUGUCCCAGAUGGCCCCGUGACCGCGGAGAGAGGGCUGUGUCGAUCGCAGCACAUCACCGUCGCCAAGGUCCAGCUUCGUCACCAUCGCAACAAACUCUCCUCCCGGCCAGUGAGCCUGCCGGCCGAGCGGAUACUCGGCAUCGGCAAGGUCGAAGAGAACAACAACCGCAACAUCACUCACCAAGGGCUCCAGAAAGGGGGCGCUUUUACCGAGUCCAUCGAGGAAGUGGACGAAGGUGAAAGCGCAAAAGUGCGCGCGGCUUCCCAUAAUCGGAGAACGUUCAUCGACACGCAGACGUUACGCAGGACUUGGGACAAACAGUACAAACUCAGCGUUGCCUCCAGGACUGCGAAAUCGUUGGCGACGUCACCCGCGGACGGCACAGCCGGGGACGCGGCGAUCUUAUCGACGUCAGUGCCGUCGGCUCUGUCUCACGAAACUUCGAGCGGCACCAUCAGAACCAUCUACCCCAACAGACCUUACACUGUUGCGGUGCGACCCAGCAGAACUUUAAGGAGGGAUGACAACGUCACCAAGUACGGCACCGUUUCCACAGCCUUCAGGGCCCCCAGGACGCUGCAGCCCCCUCCGGGAACAUUCUACAAGCCACCUUCGAGGAGUAAAGCCAAAGCGUUGCCCAACUCCGCGUCGACUAACAGUGCCGAGGAGGAGGAGGAAGAUGAUGAAGAGGAAGAGGACGACGAAGCGGAGGAGUUGGGUAUCGAGAUAGAAGUAUCUGUGGAUGAGCCCGCCGAGGAAGACCACGAAGGCGCACAGGAGCCCAUGUCUCUGUCGCCGAGCUCCAGCCCGGAGGACCUGGACCAGAUCAAGGCCAAACCCGUCUACCAGAGACUACGGUCCAGGCGACUCCUGGAGGUGGAAAACCGAGAAGCCCAUUUUGUGUGAACGGCGUUGAAAUGCGAAGUGUGUCUCGUACGUUGCCAGAAUAACACGACAUGGACGAUUUGCACACGUGCUGAAAAAAAAAAGACGCACUUAAAUGUACAUGUGAAACUGAUUUUUUUUUUUCCCGUACACACAAAAUUCACCAGCACAUUGUGGCAACCUUUGGAAUAUUUAUAUAUAUAUAUAUAUAUUUUUUUUUUUUUACACUGUGCAAUUACUUCUUUUUUGGGGGAAUAUUUUGUAUAAAGAUCUUACAUUUUCAUUAUAAAUACCACACGUGUUCAAACGCCAAAAUGUAGUUUUGUUUUAAACUACGUCGCAGAAAAGAAGUCUGGCGCACUUACAUCGAUUUGCUCCCUCGAACUUCGAGAAAGUGUUAAGCUGUUACCUGAAUGGCAUCAUAUUUUUUAUGUUUAUGUUUGUAUAAAACACUUAAAGAAUUAUCUUGUAGCAUAAUGAACACCGCUACUGGCUUUUGCUAAAGUAGUCGUUGUACCAGUUGCGGACGUUGUACAGUCGUUGUCGAACUGAUUUUGAAAGUGUCCAAAAAAAAAAAAAGCGACAUUUUCGAUCUUUUUUCUUUUUCAAUAGCCAAAGUUUUCGUUUUUUUAUUCUUGUUUUAAAAGAGCUUCUUCAAUUGGUAACUUAAAUCACAAAGGUUCGUUGUAAUAAGCCAAUGCAGGAUUUAUUUAAAUCGUAUCUGUUUUUCAUGCUAAGGUUGACGGAAUGUUAAAAGGUCAAUGUAAAAAAAAAAAAAAAA